UAUUCUCCAGGUAAUUGCCAAUACGCCUCCCGCCUUCCAAGCUCACAAAAGAUUGCUGUUUGAGCAUGCACUCCAGUCCAACAGGUCUUACAUACUGAUCGUUCAAUCAUUUAGGAGCUUCGCUCGCCAAUGACACAACAAUGCAGUCCAUGCAGUUGAUCUCUUCCAACCAGCCCGUUGCCCCGUAUCAUGACUGCAUGUAACUCCAGCAGCCCUCGAGAGGAUAAUCCUUGUGAGAUUUGAAAUUACAAGUUCGGACAACCAUCAACCAUGGAAUCCUUUUUGUCGUCCUUUUCAACAUUCUUCACGCCAACGUCAUCUACCGGUACUGGUCCUUGUUCGGGGCUAUCUCCUUGGAAUCCCAGAGAGCUGUGGAAUCGGUACAUCUUGUGCAACAGUAUUCCUCCUUGUGAUCAAAUCGUAGACAAUGAUAAAGUACGAAUUGGAAUAGACUUUGACUUGGGCGGCAGUAUCGGGUACAUGGCCACCCCACAUGAUCCAUGGCUCAACUACAUCAACUCGUUUGAUCAGGGACGAGAAAUUCAAAUGUCGUUUUACGCUGCCCCCAUACCUUACAAUCCACCCACGGACGAAUAUCCUGAUGGAGCCUGCGACGACCUUUUUCGUGGUCCUUGGUCUUGGAAUCCCAUUGGAGCGGGGGAUGUCGAUGGUGGCACGUCCGAGGUCCUCGAGUUUUAUCCUUCCAAAACAUUGGGCAACAAUUCCUUGCGGGUCGUCACCCGUCCACUGCAGUGGGCGUGUCACAAUGUGCCGUGUGAAUGCACCUUCGACAAGACUAUCGAAACAGUAGGCGAUUUCCCCGCGGUCAAGGUCAUCAAUACGCUCCGGAAUGCUAGAACCGAUGUCUACGACGAGACGGCCCUCUUUGAUCAAGAACUACCAGCCGUCUAUACCAAUGGGAUUCUCUAUCGGUUGGUUACGUACAAUGGCUCCAAGCCCUUUACUAAUGGCGAGCCCGUGAACUACUAUGAAGCUGGCUUUGACAAUGAUCGACCCUUUCCAUGGAUACCUGGUCGUUUCCCUGCCACGGAACACUGGGCAGCCUUUGUCAAUGAAGAGAAUUGGGGUCUUGGGGUCAUCAAUUUGCAGGAAUCUGUCUUUCUCGGUGGCUUUUCCGGAGGCGCCAAAGGCACUGGAGGUCCCAAGGAUGGACAAACUGGAUACAUUGCGCCCGUGUCCCGACAUGCCUUGCCGAGAAAUGUCGUGUUUACCUAUGAGUACUAUCUGAUACUGGGGUUUGUGGAGGAGAUCCGGGCUUUUGCCACGCAGCUGCACAAUACACGACGACAAUCGAGCGAGAAGGACAGCAACACAGCGGCUACUAUAUCGGAAGCCUUUUCACGGCCCGUAUCUCCAUGGUUGAGACCAAAAUUUCUAACCAUCCUUAACGACAGAAGAAGAAGGACCCGUGGACUGGGAAGGAAAAUGGGAGAGUAGCCAAGCAAGCGUUAAAAACAUAGCUCCAGGCUGCAUGGUUGCUUCUUGCCAUCGGAGUCGCUUCUCCUCCUUGAGAUCUACGGCAUGCUACACCACCUUGCUCGAGAUGCCUUCUUGGGGCACGAUGUUUUGAAUGCACAGUGGGUGUACGAUUGUUGAACUUUCGUGUGUCCAUGAAGUCAAUCGAAGGAUGCGCCGUACAUUGUAAUGAAGCAUCACAAAAGAUUCAGGUGGAUGUUACCAUCAAGGUUGAAAACCCUGGCUGGACGACGGUUACCUUUUUGCACAGCCUUUGGCAGGAGAAGUGAAGGGUAUCCUGGAAGCAGGGUCAACCAACGGCCAACAGCUUCUUGGGUUGAACAGUGAUGAUGAGCACCCAGGUAAUCAACCUUCAAUGAUCUGAUAUCUCAACGAGGCAAUCAACAGAUCCAGUUCCAGACUUUGAGUCCUCAUUGGCAUGCCGCCAUGAAAGCUCUUCGUGACAUCGGCGGUACAACAGACCGACAAUCAGCCAAAAGUCAUUGAUAAAGCCCACGGUCCAAAGUAAGCGACAGCGACAUGGAUACCAAUGAAGGAACCGCCCGAGGCAACAUUGGCAUCAACCCAGCCCCAACCAACCUCAAUCAAAGUUCCGGUGAAGCCUUGCGAUACCACAGCACACCCUGCUGGUUCACUGUCCAAAUGCGACGAUCGGAAUCGGUGCUGUGGCAGUGGCUUCCGCUAAUAGAAGCCUUCCCAACUUGUCCCGUCAUUGGAUUCCAAGAUCCUGGCGCAUCUUUCUUGCUGUACCAAGGGUUGUAGCUCGAUCAUCUCUGCAGCCACCAUUUGUCUGCCGUUGCCAAGGAAUGGAUUUGCCAGCCAGAGCUACCCUCCUUGAUCCAAACUCCCUCAGAAACCGGAAGGACUAAGUCCACAAACCAAUGAACCAUCUCCUGCUGAAUCAAUGGUAUUAAUAACACGUUUGGCUGCUCUACAUCUGAAGAAGUGCCUCCGGCUCUCAAAGAGACCCUGUCGAGAAUAGCGAUUGAGCCAGAGAGAUAGAGAGAAAGGCGUUGUCAGUCGGUGCUGCAAUUCAUCUAUCUAGCACAGUCCUCGCUGUGGUUAUGCUCGGCAUGCAGCACGGCAUUCUGCAAGUGCAUGCAUACACAGUACAGUGCUUGUACUGGAAAAUUGAAAACAGGGGUAUUUGUAAUGGAUCGAAAGUCGGCAGAGGACGAGCAUACUGCACUGGUAACGAUAUGGUACGAGCCAAGCACGACAGCAGCAUUCUGAUUAUCUCCGGGUGGACGGAAUGAUGGGCCCAAGUACAUCCCGUCAAAAUAUGUUGCGGUUGUCCGGUGUCCACGGGCAACUUUUGUUUUCCAGAGAGAUUUGGAAGUUGUUGGCUCACAAGGGUGGUCCUUUA